AGCUAGCCGCUUGCACAGUCUUUAGUUUUCUGCCAGUCGAGGUGGACGUGUACUUUCUGCAUCUUACUUUAGUCUUACUGAGUUCCCGAGUUUCUUAGCUGGAUUGAAUUGAAAAAGUAUCUUUUGUGACCCGGGUCAGAUUGAUUAGUUUGAAUGGAGAUAGAUGAGCGCUUGUAAGGAUACCGUACAUAGCCACCCUCUAGUCAUCAGGAAGUCAGGAGCUAGUUCUUCCCUUUACCUCGUCGCCCAAUUAGCAUGCGAAUAAUUUGUUUAGCGCGAAUGCCUUUGCACUAGUACACGAUUUUCGUACAUCAUCGCGCGAAAGUUUCCGCUGCAACCCCCAACACACUAUUGCCAGUCAGUCGCAGGCAAAUGAAUUCGUGAUGUAAGAAGGAGAAAUGAUAGUGCAAGAAAAGUAUCUGAAAAGUGCUAAGUGUUGCUAAGUGAAUUGAGUGUGGUUUUCCGAAAACACCGAAACAGUGACCAGUUCAUUGCGUUUUUACUAGAACCGAACAUAGUUUUGGCUCGAUUACCGCUAGCCAGGUCAGCAGAAUCGUAGUAGUUCCCACAACCAUAGUUGGAGGAGCCAGCACUGGAGCGUGUACGGAGGGAAUACCAAUUAAUUUGCUUAACUCAGCGAUCGUGCAAUUCCAAUAAAAUCCAAGAGGUGAACUCUCUACAAGCAUCUGUGCGCUGCAUCCGGAAAAUUCCCAAAAUAAAAUGAUAAUCAUUACUACACAAUAAACUUGACUCUACUAUACGCGAACGUGAACGAGCGGUGAAUUAAUUCACGUUAUUUACGUACUCAUGGGGCAACGCCUUAAUAAAAUACCUUCGCGGGAAACAGCCCAAAAUCAAGGCGAAAACACCAAUCCUUCAAAUUCAAAUCAAACACAUUCUGAUCAAGGAUCAGUAAGAAGCUCUUCAACGCCUGUAAAGUUGAUUCCAGCCAAAGUUGAAAGGACUGAAGAAAGUUCCGGAGAUAGAACCAGGACCCUAUCCCUCACUGAGGGUCAAUCAUUGGAGUCCUCUUCACCGAAUCAAGUGAUAAUACGAAUUCAACUGACAAAAAUGGAGAACAACAAUAACAGCACUGAAAAUCUCGAUGACAUGGCAACUGGGAUCUACGACAAUAACUUGAAUAUAACAUGUAGUGCACAUUCUAUAAUAAACGUAACAGUUAGUAAUAACAUUGCCUGUGAUGCCCCAAAUUCGCUAUCAAACAAUCUAAACGACAGAAAUUGCAACCAAGAAAAACCCAGCAAUAUCCACAGUUUAAAUAUUGUCGAAGACCACAGCCCUGUGGAGACAGCUUCAUUGGAAAACAAUUUGAAUCAACCUGAAAACAGGGUGGAGAGAAGGCAGACUAAUAAUUCAGUUCCUGGAAAUGAUAAUAGGACGAGUCACAAUGUGAGCAGUAGUAAUGCUAGUUUCAGGGCGAAUAUUUUACCAAAUAAUAGUUCAAACAUGUCAAUGGUAGCUGCUGAUCAGCCGGCUGCAUCGACAACGUGUUGUGCUGCUAAUGCCAAUGGCACGUCGUGUAAUUGUAAUGAACAUGUGGAACACAAUUGCAACUCUGGGCACAAUUCGUUAUGUGCGGAAUCAAAUCGUGAAGGUGAUCGACGACAUUGUUGCCGCACUCCAAAAAAGUUUUCCAGGGCCUACCCAUCAGCGCUGCGAUGUUGCCGGUGUGCCGGUCGUGAAUCUCCAAAUAUCAGCGUAAUUAAUAACCAACCAUCAACAUCACGGCAUGUAGAAGCCCGUGGAAAUCACUAUAGAAAUAGUUUUGUACCGAAUGUCAGUCGCCCGAAUAAUACUGCAGCUGUGUCAUCAAUUAGGCCCGCUGAUACCCCACCACCACCACAUCAAAUUCUGGUGCUAUCAGUUGGACCAGAUUUCCUGUGUCAUCCCCAGGCAUUAGCGCCAGGUUUCCCCCAGGAAAUCGGUUGGUUCUUAUCAACAGGAAGUGUUUUGGGAGUGGGAUCCGUUGCUGGACCAAUGGUUCACUCUCAGGCUGAUUACAGUCAUUGCUUGGUUCCUGAUCUAGAAAGGAUCAUAAAUUGUAGCUUUUACUGGGGCAAAAUGGACAGGUAUGAGGCAGAACGGCUACUGGAGGGCAAACCAGAAGGAACCUUCCUACUCCGCGAUUCAGCACAAGAAGAAUACCUGUUCUCGGUCACAUUCAGAAAGUAUGGUCGUUCGUUACAUGCACGCAUCGAACAAAUGGGUCACAAAUUCAGUUUUGACUGUCACGACCCCGGCGUAUUCACAGCCAGCACUGUUACAGGACUUUUGGAACACUACAAAGAUCCCUCCUGCGUGAUGUUCUUCGAGCCCAUGCUAACUAUCCCGCUACAUCGUAACUUUUCAUUCUCACUGCAGCAGCUUUGCCGUGCUACGAUCGUCAGUCAUAUCAAAUACGAUGGCAUCAAUGAACUCCAGCUGCCCAGCAGUUUGAAAGCGUAUCUCAAAGAAUACCAUUACAAAUACAAAGUUCGCGAGACGCCACUCGACGAAUCACUUUAUCAACGUUCCUAGUGCCAACAAAUUUCAACAACAAAUGAUCAGUAUUCCGUUAAAGACAUUGGUUCUCGUUUAACUACUGCUGAAGCAGCCACUUUGCCCCUGAAUGAUUCGGCUUCGAUCGACGAUCAACCCUCAGCAGAUCGGCUGGUUGCUGCAAAGAGAAGUAGUUGCAAAUUCAAAAUGCUCCGUAGUUUUCGGAAGCUCUUUCGAACAAAAAAUACCAAAAGAAAGCAAACUUCCAGCGGCAGCUAAACAGAACUGCAGAAUCACAACAGCCUUUGUUGUGAACAAAUAACAGUAAUUCGCGAUGCCCAGUGUGUUUAUACAUAUAUAAAAUCGUUGUAUAUAGAAAAUGUAUGUGCAUAUUUGUAGUUAUACUCUGAAUAGCACUCUAAGCCAAUGUUAUUUUGUUUAUAUUUUUACAAUUAAUCUAUUUAUUUAUUCAGACACAUCUACAAGAAAAAACUCUUAAUUAUUUCCAUUCCUUCUCACAUCUUAACCCGCUUUUCACGGUAUUUGCUCGACAAGUACAUGCAUAUUUACCGUUCAAAGUUUUCCGUUCUAAUGUAAAUAUGUAGGGUGAAAAUUGUAGUGAAAUAAACCACAAAAACUGAAGCAUAGCAUUAGUGAAUGAAAAUGUUCAAGCAGGAUAAGUUAUGCGCAUUUAAAUGUGUACAGAUAACUCUUUGAUAGCGAAAAAUCCUAUUUAUAUUUAUUAUUAUAUAUAAACUAGCCAAGUACAUAAUAUAAGAAUUAUUAUAUUGCUAUGUAUCUACUACGGAUUGGAAAAAAAUCUUAUUUUAAAUAAUAUUCCUAUAGAAAAAAUGAAAAGCGUGUGUUGUACGAAUCAGUCUAAAAGUAGAAAUGCAAAAUGCGAAAAAAUUAAAACAAAACUGAAAACUCAAAUAGAAAGAAAACACUUAAUAAAUAUAUGUAGUUGAGAAUACAUAAAAAAA